UCGGGGCAACCCGCAGUACAUGCAUGUGAUAUCGUAUUUGUUAACGCAGCAUAACUACGGCCACCCUGCAUCGCCUUAAUGCAUUUUGUAUUUCUUAGAACAUAGAUUGCAGCGUUGCAUUUUUGUUUAACGAUAAGUUUAUAGUUUAAGUUUUCAUUCUGGAUGUAGAGAGCACAUAUUAAAGACGUUUAAAUUAAAUCUUGUCUUUUUAAAAAACGUCCUUCGGUCCGUCGAAAUUUGAGUGGCGCAGCCGGUAGGAUACUCGAUAAUAUCCUGCUGCCGAGCUAACACUAUAGCCUAUAAAAGGAUCUGUGAUAGUGCGGUGCUUGUACGAGUAUCCUCGAACCAAAUAAAUAAUUCUCCCGCGACGCGUACGCGUAAAACUCAAUCGCUGAAGUGAAACGCGUACUGUGACCUCAAGGACGAGCAUCCAGGAUCAUAAGUGAAGGACAUGGGAGCGAGCAGUCUGUUACUAAUUUUGGCGAUCCACGUGAUCCAAAACCAGGGUCUUCAACUGCACCAGAUUAAACGGAACCCCGGGAUACUACCUCUCCGUGAAGGCUAUGCAGUCGUCAGCAAUGACACAUGGAGAGUUAUUAAGGUUUUAGAUUUAAAGUUAAUAUAUGACGAUUUAGAAUUUAAUAUAAAUAGUUAUCUAUCAUUUAGGAAUCAGGUUCAUAGUUGUAUUGAUAUACAAGCGUUAGGUUCCGAUUUUAUUACAACAGAAUUACAAACAGAUUAUCAUAUGAAUUAUACUAUUGAUAAAUUUGAACAAUUAAUUCCGUCUUCUAGAUCUAAACGUGGUUUAUUAAAUCCACUUGGUUCAGUUAUAAAAAUUAUCACCGGUAACCUCGACAACGAAGAUGCUAUACAAUUUGAAAACACUAUUGAAAAAUUAAAGACUAAACAAGACUCUAUAAUACAUAAGAUGACGAUCGUUACUGAGAUGGUGGGUUCGUUAUUAAAUGUAGCUGAAAUAUCUAAUAACAAUUUCAUUGCAAUCCAGAAUAAGCUAAAUGUAAUUGAUUCGCUUUUAAAUGACACAAAUUUACAUCAAAGGACUAAUGAAAUUAUACAUACAUAUUCUGCAUUCUUACAUAAUUUUAUGUCUCUUUACGUUAGAUUAAGUGAAAUAGAAACUGCUGUAGCUUUUAGUAAAAUUAAACUUUUACACCAAUCCGUUGUAGAUACUAAGGAAUUAUUACUUUUAUUAAAAAACAUUGAAACUAGCUCUAAGUUGCCAUUUCCAGUAAAUUUAGAUAAUGUUCUUAAAAUUGAACAAUUAAUAGAAGUACAAACUUAUGUAAAACAAAGUCAAAUAAAAUUCGUAAUGACUAUUCCAUUAAUUACUGACGACAUUUAUUCAUAUUUUAAAAUAAUACCUUUACCUAUAUUUAACGAAGAAAAAGGUCAGACUUCCCUUAUCCUACCCAAAUACCCAUAUGUCCUUGUGAAGGGGUUGAAAACCAUGCCACUUUCACAACCAUGCAAAGAAAUAGAUGAAGACCGGUUCCUAUGCCCGGAAAUACUGACAUCAACAUUAUAUAAAGACGAUUGUUUAGCUGAUCUUUUGCGGCUAUCUACAAAUGUUUCCAGUUGUCAGCCGAUUCCCAUUUCCAUAGAUGACGUGAAAAUCGACAAUGUUCUGCCAAAUAGAUGGAUACUAUACGUAAAUGUGGAAACAGUACUUACCAAGGUCUGUGAAAACGAGGUAACCCAAGAAUUCCUUCAUGGUACCUAUUUAUUGACGUUAGACGAGACUGGCUGUUACGUGAAAAUCGGAGAUAUAACACUAAAGAAAUAUGAAGUAAAUGGAAUUGAUAUUAUAUACCCAAGUUUACCAAAAAUUAUAUUACCAAAUUUGAUGAACUUCCCGACCGACAGGAAGCCUGUUAACCUGAAGGGUGCAAAUUUAACUGACAUAAAUAUGCUUAGGCAUUUAAUUGAAAAUAGUGAAAAUAGUGAAAACCAGUUUAGUAGUACAGUGAAUAGUGCCGUCGGAGUGAUUAACAUUAUAACUUUUGUAUUAAUCGUAAUUAUAAUUGUAAUUGUGGUAGUAAUUAAGUCUAAAUUAAGAAAAAUAUGUAUUCAAGAAAAUCCUUCAGAUUUUCUUGAAACUGAGGAUGGAGGAGUUAUGUCGGGGCAACCCGCAGUACAUGCAUGUGAUAUCGUAUUUGUUAACGCAGCAUAACUACGGCCACCCUGCAUCGCCUUAAUGCAUUUUGUAUUUCUUAGAACAUAGAUUGCAGCGUUGCAUUUUUGUUUAACGAUAAGUUUAUAGUUUAAGUUUUCAUUCUGGAUGUAGAGAGCACAUAUUAAAGACGUUUAAAUUAAA